CAGUGGAGGGCGCCUCGGCGCCUCGCGGAGGAUGGGAGUCCCCGGGACCCGGAGCUGAGCGACCCGGCGCGCGGCGCUCCGGAGGAAGCGAGCCUGGCUGUUCCUCCGGGAGCCAACACCGUUCCCGCGCCGCCACGAUGAUCCCUCCGAGCGGCGCCCGCGAGGACGGCGUGGACGGGCUGCCCAGGGAGGCGGCGAGCGCCCAGCAGCCGCCCUCCCCAGCAUCCACCGGCAGCCAGGAGUCCAAGCUCCAGAAACUAAAACGAUCACUUUCUUUCAAGACCAAGAGUCUACGGAGCAAAAGUGCUGACAACUUCUUCCAGCGAACGAACAGCGACGUGAAGCUGCAAGGGGACAAGCUGGCUGAGGUCAGCCCCAGCUCCAGCCCACUCCCCGCCCCAGGGAGCCUGACGUCCACACCCACCAGGGCUGGCCUGCACCCCGGCGGCAGCAAGGCCCAUGGCUUUCAGGAGCACAUCUUCAAGAAGCCCACUUUCUGUGACGUCUGCAACCACAUGAUCGUGGGAACAAACGCUAAGCAUGGACUGCGCUGCAAAGCCUGCAAGAUGAGCAUCCACCACAAGUGCAUGGAUGGCCUAGCACCCCAGCGGUGCAUGGGCAAGCUGCCAAAGGGGUUUCGGCGUUACUACAGCUCCCCCUUGCUCACUCAUGAACAGUUUGGAUGCAUUAAAGAAGUUAUGCCCAUUGCCUGUGGCAAUAAGGUGGACCCUGUCUACGAGGCCCUACGCUUCGGCACCUCCCUGGCUCAGAGGACGAAGAAGAGCAGCUCUGGCAGUGGGUCUGAUUCACCUCACAGAACCUCGACUUCAGACCUCGUGGAGGUUCCUGAAGAGGCUGACGGAGGCAAGUUUGACCUGCGGAAACGCAGCAACAGUGUGUUUACGUAUCCGGAAAAUGGCACUGACGAGUUCAGAGACCAAGCAAAGAACACAGACCACCAGGGACCUCUUUCCAAAGACCCAUUACAGAUGAACACCUAUGUUGCCUUGUACAAAUUUGUACCGCAGGAGAAUGAAGAUCUGGAAAUGAGACCAGGAGACAUGAUUACUCUUCUAGAAGAUUCCAACGAAGACUGGUGGAAAGGGAAAAUUCAAGACAGGAUUGGCUUCUUUCCAGCCAACUUUGUUCAGAGAGUACAACAAAAUGAGAAGAUUUUUAGAUGUGUUAGAACCUUCAUUGGGUGUAAGGAACAGGGGCAGAUAACACUGAAAGAGAAUCAGAUCUGCCUGACUUCUGAAGAAGAACAAGAUGGCUUCAUCAGAGUCCUCAGUGGGAAGAAGAGAGGCCUUGUCCCCCUAGAUGUCCUAGAAAAUGUCUGA